AUGGAACACAUAACUGUGGAAUAUUAUCGUGCCGAUACUCCUUAUCUAUCUCCAGAAGCUAUUGAGGAAAUAAUUCAAUCUCGGGGGACUGUUAAAAAUGCAUGCAGGGAAAUGGCUGAUAAAUAUGAUACUUCAACUCGUAGAAUUUAUGAAAUUUGGAAAAGACAUGCUCAAGGAUUAUCCCUGCGCAAACAACAAAUAAUACAUAGUGUUGCUUCUUCUGAGAUAAUGCCUAAAAAUAAUACUUCGGAUAGGCGGUCAAAGAAAAGAAAAUCAGGAUCUAAUCCCAGAUCUGUUCAAAUAUCUGAUUCAGUCAAUAUUAUUAAUAAGGCUGACAUGACCAAUAAUCCAAUAAAAAAUGUAGAUGAAAUGGACAAACUAUAA